CCCUUUGAGGAUGAGAGAGCAGAUGCAAGACUCAAGAUGGCCAGGCUCACCUGUUCCUGCAGCAAUGUCUUCCCAGCAGCAGCAACAGCAGCAGCAGCUGCCCCAGAAAACCCAGCAGCACCAGGUGAAACAGCCCUGUCAGCCACCGCCUGUCAAAUGUCAAGAGACAUGUGCUCCCCAAACCAAGGAUCCAUGUGCUCCACAGGCCAAGAAGCAAUGCCCACCUAAGGGCACAGCCAUCCCUGCCCAGCAGAAGUGCCCCAUGGCCCAGCAAGUCCCCCAGAGUAAACAGAAGUAAGGAUCAUCUGGAAUACCACCUGCUUGACAUCUAGGCUACCAGACAGAGCCUUUCUUCUUCCUGCUCCUCCCCCCAGUUCCAGGAUUUCCCCUUCUCUCCCACUUCCUCCUACCCAGGGUCAAAUGAAGCACUGUUGGAAGUUCUUCCCACUGAGACCUACACACACCUCAUCGUUGCCUCCAAGUCUUCUACCUUCCACCCUGAUACUCUCUCAGGUGGAUAUGAGGAGGCCUCAUUCUCUCCAACCUCCGGCUUGACCACAGCUAUGGUGCAUCCAUGGGCCAAAGCAAAGAGUGUAUCUGGGCUUCUUCCAGGCUUCCACCCUGAUUAGUGGGGACACAAGGGGCUGGUGCACAGCUCCCCAGCUCUCCUUCCCUCAGCUUCUUCCUUAUUUCCUCCCCUAAUAAAACUGUGCUUCAUGUCAU